CCGCAGAUCAGGAAUGAAAGUUUAAAGUCAGAGGGAGAGAGGGAGGGAGGGGAAAUCAGCAAUACCCUGGCAACCAGAGAGAGAGAGAGUGAGACAGAGACAUUACCGUCAGCCACUUGGAGAGAAAGCGAUCACCAGCCACUCAGCUGAAAGGGACCAGCGGCAACAAAAAUAACAGUAAUGUGAAGAUACAAGGUCAGUGCAAGUGAACUACCACUGAGGACAAGGAGAAAGGCUAUGAGUCUGUUACUGAGCUGAUGAAUUGACACACUUGUAUAAGGUGGGACCAGCUGUUCAGAGGAACUCAAGUUGGUGACUGUCCUGGCUGAGAGGCAAGCAAAAGGGCAAGGCUUUAAUGGAGAGAAGGGGACUGUGAGCUGGAUUUUGGCGCUCGUGGGGUUAAGGACUCCUGCUGUGCAUCGGCUUUCUGACGCCAUUGCCAUUCGUGAUGGCGAGCAAGAGGAAGUCUACUACCCCUUGCAUGAUACCAGCCAAAACCCUUGCCUUGCAGGACCCAGGCAUCGACAUUAGCCCAGCAUACAAUGAUGACGAGGAAUCCUCACCACAACCAUUUCCAAUAGACGACCUGUCAGCUGGGGAGGAGGCCUAUGGUCAGAAUGACGUGGUAGAGCAUGGUGGAUUUGAAUGCAAGUACUGCGAUUACACUAGUCAGGACUACCACGCAUUUACCGUGCACGUGGAAUCAGUGCACUCUGAUGCAAGCGCAGACCAGUUGUACGUCUGCGUGGAGUGCAACUUCAGCACCAAGAGCCAGGAGUCGCUUACUGUGCACAACGCCCUGAGCCACGCCAGCGAGGGCAACCUCAAAGUCAGCGUCAUCAAGAAGGGCAGCCAGUCGGUACCUGAGCAGAACGUCCCCGAGAUCCGAGGCAGCGACACCCAAGAGAACGGCGACGAGGCUGACCCCCAGUCCGAAAUCUCCAUCAGCAAGACGCCCAUUAUGAAGAUGCUGAAGGCCAAGCCGGACGCCAAGAGGAUCAGCGUCACCCACCCGGGAAGGGAAGAGCCCAGCGAGGAAGUGGGGGUGGCCGACGAGGCCAUUAAAAAGGCCGAGGGCCUGGAGGUGCUUCCGACCAAUGGGCCGACAAACCCUGGCCAGGCUGUCAAUGGGACCACUGCUGUGCCAGUGCCCGUCCUACAGGCUGGCAUGGCCCAGAUUGUCCCUGUGGUUCAACAGCCGGCCCCGGGCAACAAUGCCAGCCCCCUGCCCAAGGUCAUGAUCCCUCUGAGCAGCAUCCCCACCUACAAUGCUGCCAUGGACUCCAACAGCUUCCUCAACAACUCUUUCAGCAAGUUCCCCUACCCAACCAAGGCUGAGCUGUGCUGGCUGACAGUGGUGACCAAGUACCCGGAGGAGCAGCUGAAAAUCUGGUUCACCGCCCAGCGGCUCAAGCACGGCAUCAGCUGGACGCCGGAGGAGAUCGAGGACGCCCGCAAGAAGAUGUUCAGCACCAUCAUCCAGGGUGUCCCGCAGCAGACCAUCACUGUGCUCCCGGGCCAGGUGACCACCACCAACGGCGGCCAGCACCUCUUCCAGGCCAACUUCCCCUGCCAGCUGAUGACUCAGGCGGGCAACAUCGUGGUCACCCAACCCGGAGGGGUGGUGAAAGGGGUCACCAUGACAGGCUCCCCCGUCACCGUCAACCUGGCCACCGUCCCCAAGCAGCAGGAUAUCUCCAAAUUCCAGCUGCAGAAACUCGGGGGCUCCACGGACGGUCCAGGGGUGAAGGUCCUAACCUCGGCUGCGGGAGGGCAGUCGGUGGUCAAUUCAGGCCACCUCCCGUCGCCCGGGCUGAUCUCGGAGUUCGGGACGUACAAGUACAAGAAGACCAAGGAGCAGCUGGCUGCCCUGAAGCAGAGCUUCCUGCGAGCUCAGUUCCCGGAGCACGAGGAGGUGGAGCGGCUGGUGAGGGUGACGGGUCUGCAGGGCAAGGAGAUCCGCAAGUGGUUCAGCGACCGGCGCUACAACUACAAGAACCUCAAGUGCAACCAGUCCUUCGAGGCGGGCCACCUCAGCGUGCCUCCCGCCAGCAACGCUCUGGAGGAGCCGCCCCCUCCUCUGGCCACCCCGGGCUACCACCCCCACCGGCGCCAGUGGCAGACCAACUGCGACUUCACCCCACCCAAGUUCAAGGGCAAGUCGGCCGAGCAGCUCAGCACGCUGGAGCACAGCUAUGGCCUCAAUCCCUUCCCACCUGAGGAGGAGGUGGACCGGCUGAGGGCCGAGACCAAGAUGACCCGGCGGGAGAUUGACCUGUGGUUCUCCGAGCGGCGGAAGGUCAAGCUGGAUGAGCGGGGCCGCCGGGAGGACUCGGGCGUGGCCGACUCCGCCGGGGACGAGGAGGAGGAGGAGUCAGAUGGGGAAGGGACGCCGAGCGACAGCAGCUCGGUGGACAUGAAGCGGAUCCUGCCCCCUCAGGAGCGGCUGAAGGUCAGCCCCUUGAAGAUCUGUGUGAAGGAAGGCUCUGGCAUGUGCGUCCAGCCCAAGGCGAUGCAGGCCACCAAGGCCCUGAACCCUGGCCCCGCCUCCUGCCCCAACGCCCCCAAGUACAAGGGCCAGAACAAGAAGACGGUCCACCAGCUCCACCUGAUGAAGCUGCAGUUCAUGCGCACACAGUGGCCAACGGUGGAGGAGUACGAUGAGCUGGCCAUCAGCGCCAGGCUGCCCAGGACCGAAGUGGUCCGCUGGUUCGGCGACGCGCGCUACGCCCUGAAGAACGGGCAGCUGAAGUGGUACGAUGACUACAAGAAGGGCAUCUAUGCCAUCCGCUCGGGCAGUAACAGCCUCAUCACGGACGUGCCGGCGGAGAACUACAGGGUCAGGCGCACCCCGUCCAAGAAGAGCGGGAAGGCGGCCCUGUUUGAGUAUUACACCCAACACCGCAUGCUGCACGAGGAGGACCUGGACCGGCUGUGUGAGAAGUCCAGCAUGAGCUACGAGCAGGUCAGGGAUUGGUUCGCCGAGAAGCAGACCGAGGAUGCCAUGUACAUGUCCGACUUCAGCAACGAGGACCAGCAGUCGACCAACGGCGAGAGCGACAAGGCCAAGGGCUGCCUGCGGUUCACCGCGGAGGAGGCCUACUCCGAUGUGACUGACAACAGCGAUAACUGGGAUGUCAGGUCGCGGGAGGGUCCCGCGGAACUGAAUGAGUUUGACGCUGAGAAUAUCUCUGAAGCAGAGUGAUGGAAGAUGAGCACUCUCGAAAGUAAAAGAAAUGAAUACUGCAGUUCAUUCCCGAACGAGGAACGUCGCGGACUAUUCUGGGCCCGCCGCCGGCUUUAGCUGCUGCUCGGACUGAUCGGAUGCUGCGUUGGGAGGCUGCGGCUGUGGUUCAGACUUUCUCUAGUGUUUUGUGAGUGUGUGUGAGUUGAUGGCACCAUCACUGUAAAUAGACACUGAUAUAACUGACAUGGGAAACUGAGGUGCCCACCUGAGAUUUUAUUAGCAUCCUGCAGGCACCACAGUCGAGGAAUUGGCUUCACUGCACAAAUCCGUUUUUGUUUGUAUAUAACAGGACUGGAAAAAGAAAGGCAUGCUUUUGACAUGCUUAUAAAAUGGAGACUUUUAUCUGGUGAAUCCAAAUUGAGAUGAUAGUGGAGGUGGUGAUUGAUGCUUGGAAAUGGCUCAGUUUAUCUUCUGGGUCAUCAGUCCUUAGGGCCAGGAUUGCACCAGUAAAAAUGUAUUAUCGAUUCCUGUUUGCACAGCGAGCCAGAUUUGGAAAUACUUAACGUUUCGACACUUCCCAGUGUUUUUAUUUUUUACCCCAUCCACACCUCACUCCCUCUCCUUUGUCAGGUUCAUCUGUGUUUCAGGUGGCACAUUGUUUACAUGGGGAAUAAAAUAGGCAAAGGAUCCAGUUCCCUCAAAGGACAGCAGUGGCAAUUAAUAUUGAGUGCGGAGAAGUGGAGGAUGCGCCAAGAAAGCAUGCAGUGAUUUCCACCGCACAUAAAAGGAAGAUCUUGUGGGGCAUGUUGGCAUGCGGAGAAGGGAGUCAGGUGGUCAGAUCCACCGCGGUUCGAAUGUGCUCUGCUGAGGCAGCAAGAGCCCACGACUGUAAUUAGAUUUUAAAGUAUUGUGAGCAAUCUUUCUUUGAAGAGCUUUGUGCCACUCACUGGUUACAUGGGACAGCUUAAACCAAAAUGACAUUUCGAAAAGGAAAGAUUUUUUUAAAGUAAUUUUUAUUGAGGGAACUCGGGGGUCCAGUUAUGUUUGGUACUUAGAUAGCAAGGGUAGGUCCACACUUCAUUCAGUGGUGUGAAGGAGCAGCAACAUAUGUGCUUGUCACAAUAGGAAUUGUCAAGGAAGAUAUAUGCAGGUCAAUUGUACUAAUUUAAAAAAGUAUAUAUAUUUAUGUGUGUGCGUGUGUGUAAAACAAAUGAUCAUCAUUGCUUUGAGAAACCAAAAAAAGGUUUUUUUUUUGCCUGAGCCCAGGUUCCUAUCGGAAUACUUGAAAGAUCUACGAGAGGGAUUGGGUUGUAGAAGUAUAAAGUGUUGGGCAUCCGGGGAGAAUCAAGUCUCGUCCUGUGGGCUAUGAGGAAUAUGUCAUCUAGAAUGAGCAGAUACACCACCUUGCCUUUUGAAUGGGGUACUGAAUGAACAAAAGCUUCACCUUGAAGGUGCAGGGGGAGAUGGUAGAGGCAAAGAAGGCAUAUGAAGGAAGUUCUUUAUGCUGUGAAUCCUUAAUUCCUUGGCCUGAAUUUCCAAAUGAUUUAAAAGAUGGCAAUGAUUGGUUGAAGUUGGUCCCCUGUUGGCACUACCUGAACUGUUAUUUUUCUAACGCGUUUAAUGACAUCCUUUCAAACAUUUCUUCUCUGCAAACAAUUGAAUGAAAUUGGUAAUUGUGGAUUUGUUGCUGCCUUUAAGUGCUUUAACUUGGCUUGAAGAAUUCCAUGCAAAGAUGCCUUUUGUUACUGUGUGCGAUUAUUUAGAUAAAGACAAUUCUUUCCUACCUCAGUGAAGUUCAGUGACAGUGUUUGAUUUAAAGCCUUAGUCAUCCCUUUAAUGCUUCUUUUAGUGGUUGGUAGGGCUGCAUCUUUAAAACAAUUGGUAUUGGCUCCCAUCUGAAGACCAGCACUUACCAAGUUAACCCACAUACAUAUCAGAGGAACUUGCAGUUCACUUUAACCCAAUUUUAAGAUGUUAUCUCAUGUUGGCAAUUAUGUUGAUAGAAUCACAAUGAUUUCCUCGUCAAUGGCACCAACCCACGUAUGCUUAUUUGAAUUUUGAAAUUUGAACCCAAAUUUGAACUUAACACAGUUUUGGCCUUGAAGUUAAUUUUAUCCAGCACUGUAAGGAUCCCUUCAAAGGCAGAUGACUCAGUGAGACUAACCACUGGGUACAUCAGUCAUUCAUGUGAGGGGGGAUUCUGGGUACAUGAACACCUAGCUAAGAUUGUGGGAGCCUCUUCCAAUUGGCCCUAAAAGCUCAGGGUUUCAACAAGGGAAAGUUGUCCAAGAUUCCAUGGACUCUCUACCGUCGCCAUAGUUCAAAGCCUGUCACUGUGGGUUUUCAGAGAGUUUGGAAUUGAGGUCAUCUUUCAUGUUCCUUGCUCUCUUUCCCUCACAAGUCCCAUCCCUUUGGCCCCCAGUUAAACAGUCAGAGAACCACCUAGCAUGGUGAUUUCAACUGGCUGUCAGAUUAUUGCAAUGUCAGGCCUAUAUGUGACUCCAGUCCGACGGGAAUGAUCUUGAUUCUCAAGUGCUCGGUGAUAGCCCAAUAUCAAACUGCUUUGUUUCAUCAAAAUUGCUUCACAUGAAGGUCCACCAUCAAGGGCUUUGUUGGGCCAUCUGGCAUGUCCACAACCCAUAAAUGAGCAAAGGUGUUCCACAGGUGUGUUGUUGACCCUCAGACUGUUCAGCAACAAUGGAUCAAUAACUUGGGGAGAAAGCCGACAAGGGAUAGAGCAAGCAGGAGGUAUCUAAAUAGGAUUAUGAAACACCCAGAGCAAUGCCACCUUAUGAGCUGGAAUAAUAGAAAUGUACAGUAUGCCCUUGAUAUCUGUGCUAGCUCUUUGAAAGUACAGUCAUACAGCACAGAAACAGCCCCAUGGCCGUAUUUAGCCAUGCCCAACCAAGAUUAUCAUGCUUAAUCCCACAUCCAUACCCCUUGAGUUCCUCAUCUUCAAAGUCCAAUUCCAUUUUUAAUAUGGUUCAUGGAAUGAGCUUCCACCAUCUCCUCAGGUGGAGCCAAGUCCAGGCCUUGCCAACCCUGAGCUGAACACUUCUCCUCAUCUCCCUAGCGGUGAUGUAACAUUUCAGCUAGACACUCGCACAUCUCUUUCUGCUCUGCGACGAUCAUUUCGGGCAACUUGUACAGUUUGACAAGACCAGGCAAUGCACUUUAAAGAGGCACCUCCCUUCAAGUGGUAAGAGUUGCAAGAAGCUCACUGAACUGACUGGUUGUUCCAUGUUAUUAGUGAGCAUAUGAUGUAUAUUUUCAGUGCUGUUGUUAACAAGCUAAGAGAAGAAUUUUCACUUGUACAGACAUUACAGUAUGAAGUGGUGGGAGAAAAUUAAAGUUUUCCUUAAUUAGCAUGGAAGUAAGGCUAAUGUCUACUUCAGAUUGAUUGGUUAUGUAAAUUUAUUGAUCUCCCUUGAACUCUGAGAUUGAGUUCCAGCAUUUAAUUUGUUUGUUAACCGAUAAAAUAAAUGGAAUUUCAAAGAAACAAUUUUCAUUCAUUCCCUAGAAUGUAGUUAUUUUUCAGUAAUCUGAAUGCCACAUUCGCACAAAGUGAUAUUUUACAACUGGAAAAUAACUACCCACACUGCAUUAUUUACAAUGAGUCAUAAAGCAAUGUACACAGCACAUGUAGAAAAUUUUGCUUGCUGCAGCAUCUCUGGUAGUAAGGAACUGAGCAAAGCAAAUAGAAAGCAAUGUAGGAUAUGGGCUGCUCCUGAGGAGUGCACAUUUAUAUUUUUCUUAAACAAUUUGAUAACCAAGAGAAGAUAGUAAAUGGUGAAGAGUUGAGCUGUUCUGGGCUGCUGAGAUGCAAUGAAGUUGCACUGGCAUGGUGUUGUAGUUAGUAGGGAUGCUCCUUGCAGUAGCAGAGACCCGGGUUCACUCACGACCUUGGGUGCUGUUGGUGGGGAGUUUGCACAUGUGCUCCCAUUUCCUCCCACAUCCCAAAGACGUGCGGGUCGGUAGGCUAAUUAUCCACUGUAAAUUGCCACCUGUGUAUAGGUGAGGGGUAGAAUCUGGGGGGAGCUGAUGAGAAUGUGGGGAGAAUAAAAUGGGGUUAACGUAGGAUUGGUGUAAAUGGCUGGUUGCUGGCGGUAUGGACUUACUGGAUGAAGUUCCUAUUUCCAUGCUAUCUAUCUCUGUUACUCUAUGAAUAAAAGCUGUGGAUUCAUUAUCACCUCCCUCUCCUCAUUCUGUAGCACAGCCUACAUACUGUACAGGCAGAGGAAUCUGGUUGGAGUCCAUUGCCUUUUCAGGUGGAGCUGGCCACAUGAAUGAUAGUGAAAUGGAGGGCUAUGUGGGACGGAAGGGUUGGAUAGAUAUUAGAGCAGGAUAAAAUGUUGGCACAACAUUGUGGGCCAAAGGGCCUGUACUGUGCUGUAAUGUUCUAUGUUCUAACACUUGCCGACCCUGAGCGCAAGAAGCUUUUCCUGAGUUUUCUCUAACUGGGCUUGAGUUUUAUCCCUUUUUCUUGAUUCUGUUCGGGCUCCAUCUCUCAGUGUUUGGUACUUUUAGUUACUUUAAGAAGAACUCACUGAAGAGAUGCAUGGAGAUUCAGUCCCUAUAAAGUGCACUAAGUCAAAAUUGGUGUUGAUAACAAUUACCGACUUAUUGAGCCUUUACCUUAGUUACUUUUUCAAGUAAUCAUAAACAGCUUUCAUAUCUUUCACCCCAUUCCUGUUAUGUUUAUUCUUCAUCAAGAGACAAACUUCGGGUGGGUUUAACAUCUGAACAUUUUUUAUUAACCAACAGGCUUGCUUUCCCUAUCUUUUUACAGCCACUUCCUGUUCCCACAUGUGACCCUUUGCAUUACCUACUGGGAACUGUAGUUCUUUAUUAUAAUAACAUAAUUAUAAUUAACAUAAUAACACAUCUUCCCCCUUUAAAGAAAAACAAACACAAUACUUUGUCCUUAUAAACCUGCCAAGAACCCUUGUCCACUCAGCAGCUUUCAAUCAGUCUCCGAGGUGGUUUAAUGGUCCUUUUUGGUCUGGUACUUGUUUUCGCAGGUGUGUUGCUUUCAGUUGCUGCAUUACUAUUGGUGUUUUCCCAGGAACUCUGGUCCACGUGUUUACUUUCUCCAUAUGCUGGCCCCUUUGGUGUACUGACAGGGGACGGGUCACAGCCAUGGGUUGGAGCUUGUGGUCAUAGAUCCACACGGUUCCUCCUCAGAGGUGUCCCUCGCUCCAUCUGGAUCUGGUAUGAAUGUGGAUUUACUUCCUCUUGCACAACUCCUUGCAUGACCAUGUGCCAGAAUCAUGAUCUCGGAUUUGCACUUGAUCCCCAGGCUUCAGGACUGGUAGGCUUUUCACUGUCUUGUGAUUCUGUUUCUGUUUUUCUUUCCUUCCUCUUUAGCUUGUUUGACCUUGUGUGCUCCUUCAGGUGUCAACAGGUUUUCACGUAUUGGAAGGUUAGUGCGUAUGCGUCGACCCAUCAGCAUUUGGGCUGGUGAAAGGCCGUUCUGCAGUGGUGCACUUCUGUAAAUCAUUAGACUUCUGUGGAAAUCCUCUCGUCCAUCUUGCGCUUUCUUCAUGAGUGUUGUGUGGUCAUCUUUGGUAUGUGAAGCUACUAUGAAAACUCUUUUCAGUAGGUUGAGCUUUUCACAUGCACUCAGACCUAAUAUUGGCUGUACUCUCUUCUACAAUCAGUAGCUGUGAUUUUAAGUGCUGCCCCCUGUGCUUAAAGGUCACCAUACAGCCCCCUUUUACUGGAACUUUUUCUCCAGUGUAGCCUGUCACUUUUAACUUCACAGGGUAAAUCUUACUCUUUACUGUGAGAGUCUUAUAACAGAUUCACCUGAGCUCCGAUGUCAAGCUUGAAUGGAAUUACUGUCUCAUUCACAGUUACUGGAACAAUCCAUUCUGUUUUACCAGCAGCCACAGUCUGUACAGAAUCCACAAAGAAUUCCUCCAUUUCCUCAUCAACUGUGUGCACCUUUCUCUUGUUAGCCUCAGCUUUGCAGCACCUUGCAAAGUGAUUCUUCUUCCCACAGCUAUUGCAGGACUUCCCAUAAGCAGGACACAUCUUUGGAAGGUGUCUACCUCCACAUCUGCUGUAUUUGCUGUUUGAGCCUUCCUCUUUGCUUUGCUGUUGCUUUUGGAAAUGCUUUGUGUGCUGCUUCUCUGUUUUCACAGCAUGCACUGUUGUGUCUGCCCUGUGCAGCUCCUUAACUUGUGCUCAUGUGGUUUCUGCUGACCUACACAUAUUCACCGCCUUUUCCAGGGUCAAAUCUUUUUCACACAACAGUCUUUCUCUGAGUCCAUUAUCUGGAAUUCCACAAACUAUUCUGUCUUUAACUAGCGAGUCUCUCAAAUCUCCAAAUUCACAAGACUUACUCAGUGUGUGAAGCUCAGCUAAGUAUUGGUCGAAGCUAACACCUUGUUUCUGGCCACAGGAAAAAAAUGUAUAUCUCUCAAAUGUGAUGUUUUUACUUGGGAUAAAAUACUCCUCAAAUUUUUUCAUCAAAGUGCCCAACUCAAAAGCUGUCUCAUCAAUUUGAAAGCUGUGAUAGAUGCCCAAAGCAUCUUCGCCAAUCACGUGCAGAAAAAUAGACGCUUUCAAUUUUUCAUCGUUCCUUCCCGCUCCACUAGCAUCUAAAUAUAUGUUGAAUCGCUGUUUGAAGUGUUUCCAAUUAUCGGUUAGAUUGCCAGUAAACUGCAUAGGCGUGGGAGGACUUAGCUUAUCCAUAAUGGGAAAUCUCGGCCUCUCACCUGAAUCUCUCUUGGCAAAUCCGGUGAGUGCUGAACUUCAGGAACAAUGUGCUCCCUCGCCACGCCGGCCAGCUUUUUCUCCGUCUUAUUACAGGUUUUCUUUCGUACUCACUGAGUCUCUUUCUCAAUUGCACACAGUAUUCAUCUACUCUCCCUGUUCAGACCUCACACCAACUUCUGACACCAUGUUGUGUUUGUUCUUCAACAAGAGAUAAACUUCACGUGGGUUUAACAUCUGAAUAUUUUUUAUUAACCAACACCAGACAGGCUUGCUUUCCUGACUUCCAGAAUUUUCCUCAGAGCUAAGUGGCUCCAACUUCACAUUCAAAUUAAGCUUUGUAGAAGGAUCCUCUGCAUGUUCACUCUCCUUUCUUUGCUUGCUUCUAUUAUAACUACAUAAUAACACAUAAUAAUACAAUUUCCUCUCACACUUUGACUUUUCCAACUUUUCUAAGCAUCAUCACGUCACUGACCACCAGAUCCCACAUUCAAAUGGGAUUGGUCAGUGGUCUGAGCAUAUUGAAAACCACUUGCGGCAUUCUUAAAGCAAAAUGAAUAAAUCUUUAAAUUCUGCAUGGUUUUUAUUGCUAGUGUUGAGUUUCAUUGGAGGAAACAAUUUUCUGGUUACACUUUCAGGUGUGUAGUUUUUUUAAAGUUUUAUUGGAUAAAACUAAACACUUCAAGUCCUACUCGUGUCUAGUGGAAGGAAGAUGAACUUGCGUUUAAAUAGUGCUUAUCUCAAGACACCCCAAAAUGCUUUCUACCUGGUGAAGUACUUUCAAAGUGUAGUCACUGCUGUGAUGUGUUAAUCGCAGCAGGCAAUUAUCAAGCAGUAAGUUCCAAUUGACAACAAUUUGAUAAUGACCAGAUAUCAGUUUUAGGGAUGAUUUAGGGAUGCCCUGGAAAAAACUCUUCUGCUAGUGUUGUGGAUCUUUUACUUACACCUCAUUUGAAGGUCUUAUCCAAAUGACUCUUUCAGUACUGCACUGGAGCGGUGACCUAGAUUUUUGUUAGUGAAAUUUUAAUCCACAUAAAAAUCCAUUAUCUCUUAACUUGGAAUAUAGUAACUGCCUGGUUUGGUUUUUGAAAAAAACAUGCCAUAAUCACCAAGAUUUGGUGUGUGAUUUUACACAGUGUUAUCUCAGUGAGGGAGGUAUUUGUGUAUUGCGAAGUACUAGGGAUUAAGAUGGGUGUUAAGGAGGGAUUUAAGAAGGUAGGGUACUGGAAGGGUUAAGCAUGAAGUUCCUAAGCUAGGGUCUGAACAAAUGGCUACUUCAUUGAGGGCAUUCAUAGAUAUACAUUCCACCUGACCUCUUCUCGGUCAGAAUUACAGGUGGAAAAUAUUAGAGGAAAGAUUGUGACAGCCAAGAAUGUGUUAAAUGUUUGUGAAUCAACACAGUUUCUUUCAGCAGCGGCCUACGGUUUGUAGACAGUACUUAGGAGAGGUGAUAGCGGGGGUGGAAUAUUGCUGAGGGAAGUAGGACAGAAAGAGGGAGAAUGGAUUGGGGAAGGGUGAAGCAUAUAGAUGCUUUGCAUUCUGAGCUGACUUCUGUUUCUGCCCUGUGACGCAUGCUGUUACUGAUAAUUAGUCCUUUUUAUAAACUGAACAGUUACCUUGUGAUUCAGAGAGAGGGCGCGAAUAAGAGACAGCUGCCAGCUUCUGCUGCAGUCCAUCCACAGUGCGAUGGUCUGCUCCUUCAUGCCGAACAGGCAGUUUUGGUCAGAAGCAAAAUUGCUGUUCUCUGGUUGCUAUAUCGCAUUGCCUGCCCAAGUAAAUCCAAAGCCAUUUCACUAUCCAGAUGCUGGUGUUGAGAUGGAAGUUAUUUGUCUUUUAUGAAUUUCGAGAGGUUAAGCCCUGAAAGUUAUGUUGCAGUAGAGAAUACUGUUUUCUUAAGCAUUGUUCAAUUGGGAAGGAAGCUCUGAGGUGAUAAUGGGUUUUAGAUCAGCCGCUCUUGCUUUUUAAUCCCUUCAGGAAGUUGAGAGUUUCACAUGAUUAUCUUAUCCAUAGAUUUCCAAAUACUAAAUUUUACACUACAGUGAAAAAAAUUGAUACUGAUUUUUUUUUUGGCUGUAUCUUCUUCCAAUUGUAGGGCUGUAUGUUUGCCUCAGCAGUGGGAGGAGGAUUUCAAAUCGUCCAUACUGAAUGAUGCUAAUCCAUGUCUUUAGGCUUGCUAAAGUGGUAAUGAUUAUAAUGGCUUAAUUCAAAAUAGAUUGCCUCUUCUAUUUUGUCACUUUGAUACAGUUUUAGGAAAUAAAUGUGUGCCACAAUAGUGCAGCCUUUUAUACAGGAGGGUAGGAAUAAUCCAUCAAUCCUCUUGCACCUGUUUUUUGCCUCUCUGUUGGAUUGUCCUCGACCUUUUGCUUGUCUUUGAUCGUAGUGAGAUACACUUACCUAAUAAAAAUCUACCAAUUGCAGUCUUCAAAGUUUUGAUUGUCCCACCAGUCUGUGCUCUUCCUGGGGAGAAGGUUUGACAUUCCCAAUCCAUUUUGUGGGAAAAUCUUAACAUUUCUAAUUUUAAAAUUGUACCCGAAUAUUUCUCAUUACCCUAUCAUAAGAAGUAAUUUCCAUUGAUCCUAUGAAUAGAUCGAUCCUCAAUUAUCUAAACUCAGUGGAAUCUAAGCCAUGUUUUAUGCACUUUCCUUCAUUACUUUAAUCCUUUAAACCCUGGUGGUAUUGUAGCAACGCUGCUUUUUAAACCCACCCCUUCCCAAGGCAAAAUCUCCUUCCAAGGGUGUGGUGCCUGAUGUGAGUCCUGCCUCUUGACAAACGAGCAACCCGUGUCACUAAGUUACCUUAAAUGUUGUGCGUUUUUACCCUUGGUCAUUUGUUCUGUAGAAUGUUCUGUAAAACCUUUAUUCAUGGAGACGUUCCCUGCCCACCAUAAUUGGAAUUCUCAGGGGAUUCACAGCUUCAUGCUAACUCUUUGAUCCAUACUUGCUCAAGUGUGCUGACAUUCUGUUUCUAAUAGAAAAUUGACCUGGAAUCUGCAGCGUCCUGAUUUCCCCUUUCCUUCCUUCCCAGAUGAUAUACUGAUAUUACCAGUUUUCCAACCCUGAGCCACAAUUUCCAAUGUAUAGGUAAAUUCCUCAUCUGUUUCAUUUAAUACCCAAGGGUGGAGCCAUCGGGUCCUGUUGAAUGUGUCAAUCUUAAGUCCCAUUAUUUUCUCCAAUGCAAUUAUAAAAUGUAUAUUAAACCAAUAAAGGCUCAUUACCAAUUUUUAAGGUCUCUUUCAUAUCUUUUAACAUGGUCUGGACACAACAGAUGUGCUAUUUCCUUAUUCUCCAUCUGUUUUUAAUGGAUCCAUAUUUCCCCCCAGAUACCUUUUAUUGUUGGUGUUGAUAUUAUCUUAUUCCCAAUACUCUCUAUGGAGCAAGAUUGUACAUUUUUAGAGGUUUCCCAUUCUUCUUUGCACUGAGCAUUUGCUAUCUUGUCUGUUGAACCAUGUGCUCCAAUUCUGUCUCUUCUAACUGCUUGGAGGCAGAUCAUGUGUUUGGUCAUAAGGUACCGGAGAGAGUAGUCACCAGAAGAUGGUAACAGAGCAGUAGCAGAGACUGGCAAAUCCAACGUGAUGGUCUUGGCCCAGUUGAUUGUUUUAUUUUACCUUGUGACCGUAGAUCUGAUGUCUUCUUGUGGUUGUUCUAAGGCAUGCUGCUUGAUAUACUCGUUGUUCCCAAAGAUUGAUGUAGGAACGGAUAUCCUGGGAAAUGUCAGCUUGGGUCACCUGAAGGCUCAGUAUCUCAGAUUAGAGCAGGAAGAGAACAAACAAACCUGAAAGAAAUGCUAUACCUCUCUAAAGUCUGAGCCCCUCGCACACGAUUACUUUACCGAUUUCCUCAAAUGUGUUUUAUGCCCUUUUGUUUUUCUUUUCGGAGAAAGUGGAAAACUGUUUGGGGACAUGAGGGGAUUUUCAUUAUUACUAUUAAAGAAAAUAGUCCUGGGAUGAAGCUGAGAGUUCUCUUCCAUCCUAGGAAGCUGCUAAAGCAAAUUGCAUAGGUAAGGCCUCGGAAUUGUUCCUCAAUGAUGGACUGAGGCUGAAUCUCAUAAACCUUAGGAACCAACAAAGCAGUCCGUCACAACUCCUUCCCUCAAAUGGACUUGUUGACCUUGAAUUGUAAAGUGCAUCCUCCA